GAACGAGCAAGAAAAAAUUUCAUUACCCGGCAAUUCUAACUGGUUUGAGUGGCAUUGGCCAAUUAAAGAAGAAUUUGCUGGCUAUAUUUUGGCACGCUCCAUUCCUAACAUAGGAGACUGGAAAAAAUUUUCCCCUGCACAAUUAUCAAAACUCUAUAUGACCAAGAUUACUAAACCUCAUCUUCAAUUUUCAGAUCAUUCCACACUAGAAACAGAAUGGCACAUACCUUUGCCACAUAUAUCAAAUAAGCUUGAAAUGGAAUUAGAAAAACGAAAAAUUAAUCAUAAAGGAUUCAAAAGGAAUGAGUUGGUUAAUAUAUUACAAGAAAAAAUAACUCAAGAAAUAUUAGUAAAUAUGGAUAAUUCAG